UAGCCAGCUUUAUGAAGAAUUACGUUUUCUUUUUUAUCAAUGUUGGAAUAUUUACUAACAUUUUUAACCACAAAAAACAACUAUACCUUACUUUUUCUAGGUGGAAAGAUUUCUUUUGCUGACUUCUUGGAUGUCAUGCAUAUGCACUCAAGAAGAGAAGACAUUCCCGAGGAGAUUUUGAAGGCCUUCAGGGCCAUUGAUAAAGGAAGGAGUGGUAAGAUUUCUUCUCGAGAAUUACGACGUAUCCUUACCAGCUGGGGAGAAAAACUGCCCUCUAAAGAAGUGGAUCGUAUCUUCAGAGAAGCAAAUAUAUCUUCAAGUGGAUAUGUCAGUUAUGACGAAUUUGUUCGUGUUGUUUGUGCCCCUGUACCAGAUUAUUAUUAAUGUUCAAUUUACUUCUUUUGCUUAAGUCAUAACUAAUUUCUAAUUGGACACAACUAAAAUUUAAUAAAACAUGGGAAUUGCUGCUUUCAACGUGUUAAAUGUAUGCUAUGUCAUUUAGAGAUUUUCUACGCAAGGAUUUUUAAACUUCAUAAUUUUUUUAUAUAGUUUGUUACUUUUACUAUAAUUUCUUUUCUGGGAAAAAAUUAUGAGAAAAACGUUUUAUAUGUAUUAAAAAUUAUAGUAAAAAUGAAUACUGGUGGAUCCUUAUGCAUCAGUGUUCUAUUAAUUAUAUUAGCUAAGUGCAAAGUGUCUAUUAAAUGUUUCCCAAAUUGCUGUUAAUUCUCUAGUUUAAGUAUAGUAUUCAAUGAGGGACAAACUAAUGAUAAUAAUAAGUAUUUGAUAUGUGUAUGGAACAGAUUGACCGAGAAACAAGUGUUAAUAAAAAUUUUGGGUACCAACAAAAUACAGUAAUAAAAAAAAAGUAAUAAGGAACAUUGUUUAGUUUACUGAAGAAGAUUUGUAUGUAAUCAUGUCUACAGUAAAAGUGUGUGAUACUGUGAUUUUUAUAUUUCUUUGAUUUAUUGGAUAUUUUAGCUAAAUAAAAAUGUUUUGUACGUGGUUUCUAGGUUGUGUUAGCUCUGUGAUUUUGAUGUUUUUAAACAUUGUAUUUAGUUUUCAAUGUCAGACAUAAUGAUAUUAAAUUUAAAUAUGUAUGAACUUCUUUUAACUAAAAAAUAUGUACAUUUUAUUCAGAUAUAAAUGUACUAAAUCUGUCUUUCUCUAAUAAAGAAAUGGUUAGUACAUUAGCUAAUAAGGCUGACAGCUACCCUGUAAACCUAAUUAACCUUAAAAUUUUGCAAGUUAAAAACUUGUAUAUGUAUAUUGAUUGAUUGAAUUAUUCUGAAAUGCCACGAAUGUGAAAAGAGGAAAAAUUGUAAUGUAGCUUGAAAUAUUUAUAACCUAACUUGUAUUUAAUUUCAAGAAAGGUAUAAAAUUUGGUAUUAAGUAUUUUAUAAUACUUUGGUUACAGUACUUGUUAAACUUUCUUUUCAGUAAUUUGUGGUUAGCCUUCGUUAUUCUAAUUUAUUUAAUUAUGUUCAAUAAAACAUUCCA